UUCUCCCUCCACCAGCUAAAAUCCCUGCUAAGCCCCGGAGCCAAGCUUCCAGCCUCCCCCCCCUCCUCAUCCUUUGCAUGCCAGCCAGGGGGAGGGGGUCUUCCCAAGCCGGCCGCUGGGGGAGCACCGGAGACAGCGGCAGGAGCCACCAAGCCGGCGCGUAAAAACGCAGCAAGGGCCGGGUGCGAUUAAGGCACCCGGCCAGAGACGGCUGCAAGCUCGGGCAGGCAAAGCAGGCGGAGAUCCGUCUGGCUCAGCUGUCGGCUGCCCUGCCUGCCUGCCUCCUCCCCUACCCCCCCCCAUCCCAAUUGCCGCCGCUGAGUCAAGCCGCAGCCCCAUCCAGAGCGCUGCGCCCGCGCGCGCCCCUGGCCAAGCGCCACCGCUUCUUUGCCGGGCCAGACCAGAGGUGGAAUUCAGCCGGUUCGGACGAAUCGGUAGUGGCGACCUGCAGGCGAAAUCCCGUCCCAUAUCGCUGUGGUUUUGACGUCACAUGCAUGUCCGGACGGCGUGCGUGAGCGAAUUGCCAUGUUUUGUGAUGCCGCAUGAAUGCGUGGAUGGCGCAUGGUCACAUUUCCGGUGCCGGCAAACCGGUUGCGACAGUCUGUCACCACGCCAAAUGUGAGCAGCUCAAUCACCACAGCCCCCUGCACCUGUGCGAGGAGUGCGACGGGCAGAUCCACGGGGCGAUGCACUUUGACCGACAUAUCCGCUUCGACCUUCCGCCUCCAGGGUCUAUCCUGGCGCGUAACGUCUCCACCCGGUCCUGCCCGCCACGCACUAGCCCCGCCUCCGAUGUGGAAGAGGAUGACGAACCGCUGAUUGACGGGAGAGGAGAAAAACGAAAUUUAGCUCGAAAGCCCAAGAAAGGAACAAGGAGACAUACGGACGAUCCCAGCAGGGAAUAUUUCACUCUGAAAUUUGAUUUGAACGUGGACGUCGAAACGGAGAUUGCCCCAGCCAUGAAGAAGAAAUCUUUAGGGGAGGUUUUGCUUCCAGUCUUCGAACGGAAAGGCAUCGACCUGUCGAAAGUAAACAUUUAUUUGGACCAGUCCAACACCCCACUGUCGCUCAACUUUGAAGCCUAUCGCUUCGGAGGACAUUACCUGCGUGUGAAAGCCAAACCAGGAAAUGAUCUCAAGGUGGAAGAGGGGGUGAAGGACAGCAAAUCCCUGAGUUUGCCCAUCCUGCGCCCAGCGGGCAUCAGCCCCUCCUUCCUCGCCACCCCGUCUUUGGAUCGACUGGAGCAAAUCUCGCUUCGACGAGAGAGUACGGACGCCGGGGGCCCUGGACGUCAAAGGAAGAACAUGAAUGAAUUUCUCGGUGAUGCCAGGAUCCCAAAUCCGGACCUUUUGCCUCCCGCGGCCCCUUCCCCGGUCCCCAACGGGCCGGACACGCGGAAGAACCGAGGGGCCAGCCGCUUCAGCGGCUUCUUCGGGUCGGGCAACAGCGCCAGCUCCUUCGCCAGGGAGCUGGACAAGACGGAACAGUUGGAGAGCAAGCUGCAGUCCUACGGCCUCUUCGGCCUCCCCCGGCUGCCCGACCAGCUGCGCUUCGACCAGGACUCCUGGGAGGACGGAGAGGAGGAGGACGAGGCCGGCCUUCGGAUGGAGGACAGCUGGCAGCAGAUCAUCCAGGGCACCGAGGCCUUGACGCGACGCCAGUGUCACCAGCAGGAAGCGAUUUGGGAGUUGCUACACACCGAAGCGUCUUACAUCAAGAAACUGAAAGUCAUCACGGAUCUCUUCCUGUGCUGUCUUUUAAAUUUGCAGGAUUCGGGUCUCUUGUGCGAGGUGGAAGCCGAGCGUCUUUUCAGCAACAUUCAAGAAAUUAUUCGGGUUCACCGCAGCCUCUGGAGGACUGUCAUGGCCCCCAUUUUGGAGAAGGCCCGGUUGACGCAAAACUUGCUGGACCCCACCGAUUUCUCCAAGGGGUUUAAGACGUUCGGCUCCCACUUCCAGCCUUACGUCCGUUACUGUAUGGAAGAAGAAGCUUGCAUGGAAUACAUGAGGAAUUUGCUGCGGCAAAAUGAACUUUUUCGCCUGUAUGUGACGUGGGCCGAGAAGCACAAACAGUGCAACCGUCUGAAGCUGAGCGACAUGUUGGUGAAGCCGCACCAGCGCCUGACCAAGUACCCUCUGCUCCUGAAGUCCGUGUUGAAGAAAACCGAGGACCCCGAGGCGCGAGAAGCCAUCAUCGGCAUGAUCAACGCAGUGGAGCAGUUCAUCAACCACGUCAACUCGCGGAUGCGCCAGCACCAGGAGCAGCAGCGCCUGGCCACAACCGUCAACCGCAUCGACGCCUAUGAAGUGGUGGAGGGCAGCACCGACGAAGUGGACAAGAUCUUGAAGGAGUUCCAGCACCUGGAUCUGACGGGCCCGAUCCCUGGGACGUCCCGAGAGGAGACGCGACAGCUGUUGCUGGAGGGGCCCCUCAAGAUGAGGGAAGGCAGAGACAGCAAGAUGGACGUCUACUGCUUCCUCUUCACCGACCUCUUCCUCAUCACCAAGCCGGCCAAGAAGGCCGAACGCACCCGGGUGGUCCGUCAGCCCCUCCUCAUCGACAAGCUGGUGUGUCGGGCACUCAGGGAUCCAGGAUCCUUCCUGCUCGUCUACCUGAACGAGUUUGGCUGCGCCGUGUGUGCCUACACCUUCCAGACCAGCGGGCAGUCACUGUGCCGGAGCUGGGUGGAGGCUGUCUGUAACGCUCAGAAUAAGCUGCAGCAGCUGCGUCUGCAGGAGCUCCAACGCCACCAGCGGCUUCCUCAGGUCGUGGAAGCCAAGGCGGAAGAGGAGGAGGAGGAGGAGGAAGGAGAAGGGGAGGAGGAAGGCAACAACAGGGACUCCUCGGAAGGCAGUUCCCCUCCCACCCUCCGGAAGAGCACCAGCAGCUUGGACUCCCAGCAGUGCCUCUCCGAUGGCUCCACCGACACCAUCUCCGUGAUCGCGGCUGAGACCGGCGAGGAAUUCCUUUCGCCUUCCUUCGACGGGAGCCAGUUCCUCCCCCCAGCGGAGGAAUUGAGCAUCGGCCCCCUCCCCGAUUCCGCCACGCCCUCCUUGGAGGUGGGAGACCCGCUCCCCGAUACCCCCGGACCCUUGUCGAAACCGGAACCCAGCCCCUGCAGCUGCUCGUCGUUCGACAGCGCCUACGGGACCCUCUCGCUCGGCUCGCUACACGAACUGGCGGAGUCCUCGCUGCCGCAGGGGGGAACGGCGGCUGCCGAGGAGGAAGAAGAGGAGGAGGAUGUCGCCAAGACUGGUUCCCCCAAGCUGCGCCGCCAGACCCCCGUCCAGCUCCUCCCCGCCAAGACCAAGGUGCUGAAGUCCAAAUCGGAAGCCAACCUCGCGCAGGUGCUAUCGCCCUCGCUGUUCCUCGUCCAGAGUCAAAGUUUGUCCGAACUUUCUCCUCCGGGCAUGGUGUCCGGGGGUCCCCCCAUGCAGGAGCCUCAAGGCCAGCCCCUCCGCAGGGUCUUUAGCAGCAGCAGCAAUAACAGCAGCGCUUCCGAGCUCUCCGAAGCGGAGGAGACGUCCUCGCCGGGGAUCUGCGUCUCUCCGGGGUUGGUGGUUACCGUCGCGAGCGGGUCGCCGUGCUGGCCGGACGAGGAGGCUACGAGCGAGGAGCUGUCGGAGGAGCAGCAGGCGUUUUCGGACCCGCCGACGAUUCAGCACCGGAAGUUGACUCUGGGCCAGCUGUACCGCCUCCACACCACGCUGCUGCUCAACUCCACGCUUACGGCCUCGGAGGUAUGAGAAGCGUCGGAGGAAGAGAACCGAGUGCGAGACAAAGGACCGGUUUUGCGGUCCCGCCCAUCCCCCGUGGGCAUCAAGACCACCCAGACACCCCAAGGGGGUGGGCACAAGGACAGAGCACCGCAUCCCAAACGGGUACCACUUCUCUGUACGUGCGUGCUCCCAAUCGAUGUGUUUGCGGCCACUGUGCACCCUUGGCCCGAGGACAUGACAGACAAAGGAAAAGUGGGGGGCCAGAGGGUGGGGCCCCCCAACAAAAGCUUCCCAGGAAGUUCGAAUUUGAACCCCAAGUUUUACCUUUUGCACUGUUCACUCCUCCUUAUUCAACUCUCCUCUCUGGACACAAAGGAUGGAGAAAGAUAAUUCAAAUGGAUCUCCGUGCAAUGUUUUGUCUCUCUGUUUUUCUCACUCAGCUCUUCCUCCCUCUUAACUAUGGUUCCCCCGUUACCCCAAAUCUCCCCAUGUCAGGAAUUGAGCCUCGUGACUCCCUCUUGGACGUGGGGCCCAACAGCCAUCGUCACCCCUCCCCAAAUCCACUUUCCAGUCGACCUAAAUUUUGCUCGUUCGUGCUCGCUCCAUGCCAUGCACAGCGGAGCACCAAAAAGGAUCGGGGACUUUCCAGCCUCGAUUAUCCUGCCUGGGCAAUGGGUACAAACCCCCCCGCCCCAUCGUCUUACUCCCGUUGCGGUAUGGGGGUCUUCCCAUCCAGCAGGAGAAAAAUAAAGACUCCCUUUCCCUCUCCUUGGGAGUGUUUUUCCCUGCCGAGGAGGUGCACACAGCAAACCAGAAAAGCAUUGUACAGAACAACCUAGAGGUCAUCUAAUCCAACCCCAGCAUCCCGAGAGAGGGAAGGAACGGGUUCAAGCCGAGGUUGGGCUGUUUUUCGGAAAGAAAGAAAGAAAGGAGAAAGAACCGGAAGGUCGGAGAAGGGAAACGAGUAAAGAAGGACGACAAAAGGGAUCGGAGGAACGGGAAAGCAGACGGUUGCGGAAAGGAUGAAGUUUCUGCCGAAUUUUGCGAGCCGGGUGUAUCGGAAAAAGGAAAAAUGGAACAGCAGCCUGUUGAGUUGAACUGUGAUAUCGAGGCCAUAUUUCGGGACGUCGGUGCCCCUCUGCCCCCUCCCCCUUCUGUCAGGGACACCGUGGCCCUUCCAGUUUUGGGAUGACAAUUGUUUGACUCCAAAGCCGACUUCUUCCGUGAAUGAAAAACUAAAUGGGGCCCCGCUCGGACGGCGGAAGCAAAGCCCACCCCCAAAUAAAUCGGCCACUGGACGUAACUCCGAAACGAUGCAUUUUUUUCCCUAGCAACCUUCCCCCCCCCCCUUUUAAAAUCAGGGUGUGUUGCGUUUUGCGUUGGCUUAUAACAUUGCUUAUUUAUUACGCUUAUGUUCUCGCGGACCCCCUCCCCAGGCCCCGUUUUUCAAUGGGGCAGGAGAAGGGGGGGGGUGUAACUAGUUCAGUUUCUUCCCUACCGUGGCGUGCCGUGGCUCUUGUGGCUGCCCUCCCCAGAGACGCUGUGGGGAGGGGUCUUGAUUUUGCAAAACAUCCCUCCCCCCCCUUUUUUUUUUUUGCAAAUGUGAUUGCUUGGCGUAAUUAAAGGCCGAUUAAAUCUUAA